CGUACCAAACUCCUUUGUUCUUUUCAGUUCGUCUCAUCAGUCGGGCUUUCCCGGAAAAUUCUUAGACUUUGAUUUAUAUUUUGAGUUUUGCGUUGAAUUGAAACAAUGGCUUCUUCAAUGGGGAAAGUUGAGCUUAGAACCCUCGGAAACACUGGCCUCAAGCUCAGCAGCGUGGGCUUUGGUGCUUCUCCUCUCGGCAAUGUCUUCGGUCCCGUCUCUGAAGACGACGCUAUUGCCUCGGUUCGCCUAGCUUUUAGUCUCGGCAUCAACUUCUUCGAUACCUCUCCAUACUAUGGAGGGACUUUGUCAGAGAAGGUACUUGGGAAGACGCUGAAAUCAGUUGGUGUUCCUAGAAACGAGUAUAUUGUUUCCACCAAGUGUGGAAGGUAUGCUGAGGGUUUUGAUUUUAGUGCCGCAAGAGUGACUAAAAGCAUUGAUGAGAGCUUGGCAAGAUUACAGCUUGAUUAUGUUGAUAUACUUCAAUGUCAUGAUAUUGAGUUUGGCAAUCUAGAUCAGAUUGUCAAUGAGACAAUCCCUGCCCUUCAAAAGCUGAAGGAAGCUGGGAAAAUCCGCUUCAUUGGCAUAACUGGGCUUCCUUUAGAAGUUUUUACUUAUGUUCUUGAUCGGGUACCACCAGGAUCAGUUGAUGUGAUUCUCUCAUACUGUCACUAUAGUGUUAAUGAUUCAACCUUGGAUGAUUUAAUACCUUACUUGAAAAGCAAAGGUGUCGGUGUAAUCAGUGCUUCUCCACUUGCGAUGGGGCUUCUUACUGAGGCUGGUCCUCCAGAAUGGCACCCAGCUUCACCUGAGCUCAAGUCUGCGUGCCAAGCUGCUGCUGCCUAUUGCAAAACGAAGGGGAAGAAUAUUUCAAAGUUAGCCAUGCAAUACAGCUUGUCAAACAAAGAUAUUUCAUCGGUGCUGGUUGGGAUGAACUCUGUCAAACAGGUUGAGGAGAAUGUUGCUGCUGCAAUAGAACUUGCAAAUAAUGGGAAGGAUGAGGAAACUUUAUCAGAGGUUGAAGCUAUUUUAAAACCAGUGAAGAACCAGACAUGGCCUAGUGGAAUUCAGCAGAGUUGACAUCUUUGGUGAUGUUCUUACUUAAGCUUCUUCAUUCACAGGUCCUGUGGUAACAACUUCAUUCAACUAGAAGCUUAAAUUUAUUUUAAUGGAUCUAUCCUUAUGUCAGACUGAAACAGAAAUUGAACAAAAUAUAUGCAAUUGAAUGCUGGUGAUCAUUAUGUUUAUGUUACAGCUGUUGGGAAGAAUGCUAGCAGGUAUAAUAAGUCUCAUUUCUGAUUCAAGAAUGUAUGCAUUGGAUCAAGUAAAUAAUGCUAGCACCCUUUUGUAAUUUUAUCAAGCAUUUUUCAUUAAGUUAAGAAGUAUAUGUUGUUGUGGCAGGGUGGCAUUUAUUCUAAACCAUUGUACAUUAUGCAAACCGAUCUUUUCAAUGUUGAUGAUAAAGCUGUUAUGUUGAAAUUGUGUAA